UUCUGGGGGAACACAUUUUAUGAGAUGCAGAGCUAGUUACCUGUAACUGCAAAUGGGAAUUUGGAGCAACUUUGAAGCAGAUACAAAAAUAAUUGUGUUUGACUGGAAUAAAAUUCUUGCAAAGCCCCUAAGGAUGAGGUUCUAUGCCAACUCAAUGCUUCUAACUCACUGGCUCAUUUUGGUCUAUAUCUUAAUGGCGUGCUGUAAACUCUUAUCUGCCUCAAGUCUCCAUUCCAGAGGGCAAACAGGUUAUCAUCAGGUCAAGCAAGGCACAUGUGAGGUGGUCGCAGUUCAUCGAUGCUGCAAUAAAAAUCGUAUCGAGGAGAGAUCGCAAACUGUGAAAUGUUCAUGUUUUCCAGGACAAGUAGCUGGCACUACCCGAGCGCAGCCAUCUUGUGUGGAAGCAUCGAUUGUUAUCCAGAAGUGGUGGUGUCACAUGCAGCCCUGUAUGGAGUGGGAAGAGUGUAGAGUUUUGCCAGAUCUCACAGGCUGGUCCUGUAGCAGUGGUAAUAAAAUCAAAACUACAAAGGUAACGCGGUAGCGAACAUCAAAUCUCAAGAUGGAGCAGAAGCAAUUGUAGCACCUCAGUGACAAAAUGUGCACUCAAUUUCCUUCGCAGACUUCUAACUUAACUUUUUAGAAACUCCAGAUGAAGAUAAACAACCUUUCCGACCUAUUUUAUUGUAUUUUUUCCGGGAUUCUGUAGAGGUUUUAAAUAAACUCUUUAUGAGUUUAAUUUCUGCUCAUAUUGACUUGAAUUCCCAUUGAUCGUCUUGGAAGUUAACUUUGGAUUACAAAAAAAUAAAAAUCUUAUUACAAAAGAAAAUUGGAUCCUGGAUUUUCAAUAUUUUGAAGACAAACCUGAUGGUGGAGCAGCUUUUGGUUUUUACUUCAUUUAAUACCUUGGAACUGAACACAGACUGUAACAUAUCGUCAAGAUGAAACUAGACAUUUUCCUAAACCAAAAUAAU